CAACCUAAUAUGUGUGUAACUCUUUAUAUAUUACAACUACAAACCUUUUAUACAUAUAGUAUCUUUUCUUUCUUCAUUCAAGUUUGAUCCUACAAUCAUCCAAAUUCACGGAUUCGCCAUUGUCUUUCCGGCCUUUUUCGGCAUAUUCCGUGGGUCUUUGAUCAAACUUCUUGUAGGGUUUAAACUUUAAAGAGCUUGUACGGAAGUGGGACAUGGAUAAACAGUUUGCAGUAAAAGUAGAAAAUGGACAAAAGGGUGUCAAUGGAGAGCCUUCUGUUGGUCCUAUUUACCGCAAUCUUCUUGCAAAAGAUGGGUUCCCACCACUUGAUUCUGACCUAAAAACCACCUGGGAUGUCUUUAGGAAUUCAGUUGAAAAGUAUCCAGACAACAAGAUGCUGGGAUGGAGAGAGUUUGUUGAUGGAAAAUGGGGCCCAUAUUUGUGGAAGAGUUACAAGACUGUGUAUGAGGAGGUUUUGAAUGCUGCUGCAGCCUUGAGGGCUUCAGGAAUUGGACCUGGCUGUAAAGUGGGAAUCUAUGGAGCAAACUGUCCUCAAUGGAUUGUGGCAAUGGAGGCCUGCAAUGCCCAGAGUUACAUUUCUGUGCCUCUAUAUGAUACCCUUGGACCAGGAGCGGUCAACUUUAUAUUGGACCAUGCCGAAGUUGAUGUUGUUUUUGUCCAAGAUAAAAAAGUUAAAGAACUACUGAAUCCGGAUUGUAUACAUACCCAACGGUUAAAGCUGAUUGUUUGCUUUACUUCAAUGAAAGAAGACGAAAAGAAAAAAGCGGAUUCCAUGGGGAUAAAAUCGUAUGCGUGGAACGAGUUCCUUCAUAUGGGCAGUAAACAUCCAUCAGAGCUACACACACCUGAACCAUCUGCAAUAUGUACAAUUAUGUACACUAGUGGCACUAGCGGAGAUCCAAAAGGUGUUAUAAUAACUCAUGAAAAUGCUACUAUAAACAUACGAGGAGUCGAUCUUUUCAUGGAGCAAUUCGAAGACAAGAUGACCGUGGAUGAUGUUUAUUUAUCUUUCUUGCCUCUUGCACACAUUCUCGACCGCAUGAUUGAAGAAUAUUUUAUCCGUAAGGGUGCUUCCGUUGGCUUCUAUCACGGGGAUAUAAAUGCAUUGAGAGAUGAUAUGAUGGAGUUGAAGCCAACAUUUUUGGCUGGAGUUCCUAGAGUUUUGGAAAGAAUUCAUGAAGGUGUACUUAAAGGGCUAGAAGAAGUUAAUCCAAGGAGGAGGAAAAUAUUUCACCUUCUAUACAACUACAAACUUAGAUGGAUGAAAGCCGGUUACAAGCAGAAAUAUGCAUCACCACUUGCAGAUCUUCUUGCUUUCCGGAAGGUUAAGAACAGGCUGGGUGGCCGUAUUCGUCUUAUUGUAUCCGGAGGAGCUCCGUUGAGUAGUGAAGUUGAAGAAUUCUUGAGAGUUACAUCAUGUGCUUUUGUGUUGCAAGGAUACGGGAUGACAGAAACAUGUGGCUUGGCAACUCUAGGGUUCCCGGAUGAAAUGUGCAUGCUUGGAACCGUUGGAUCGCCAUUUGUAUAUACAGAUUUUCGUCUAGUAGAAGUCCCGGAAAUGGGUUAUGACCCGUUAUCCGAUCCACCACGUGGUGAAAUAUGUGUUAAGGGAAAAACAUCUUUUUCGGGUUACUACAAGAAUCCGGAACUCACCAAUGAAGUUAUCAAAGAUGGGUGGUUUCAUACAGGUGAUAUUGGUGAGAUGCAACCAAACGGGGUAGUGAAAAUCAUCGAUAGAAAGAAACAUUUGAUAAAACUAUCUCAAGGGGAGUAUAUUGCACUUGAAUAUCUCGAGAAAGUUUAUGGCAUCACCCCGAUCAUUGAAGAUAUUUGGGUGUAUGGGGAUAGCUUCAAGUCAUCGUUGGUUGCGGUAGUUGUGCCGAGUAAAGAGCACAGCGAAAAGUGGGCCCAUCAAAAUGGGCUCAAAGUUUCGUACUCUGAGUUGUGUAAUCAUACACAACUCAGAGAAUAUAUUCUCUCGGAGCUUAAAUCUACCGCGGAAAGAAAUAAGCUAAGAGGUUUCGAGCAUAUAAAGGGCGUAAUUGUGGAGCCGGAGACAUUUGAAGGCGAAAAGGAUUUACUAACUGCAACUAUGAAGAAACGAAGAGAUAAGCUUUUGAACCGUUACAAGGCGGGAAUCGACAACGUUUACAAGAAUUUGAUUGUGACCAAACGCUGAGACUUUUAUUCGAGACACAGGAUCGUGUUUUGUAAUUUGUGUGCCAUCCUUUGUACUCUUGUGAGUAGGGUUUAUUUUUUGCUUAUUUUUUCAAGUGUGUGAGGCUCUCAGUUAAGUGAUAUGUAAGUAAGUUGUUGCAGUCGAAACUGAAUAAACCGAACCGUUAUGGCUCAUUUGGGUACGCUGGUUCCUCGUAACUAAACCGUGCAUAAUCUCUUUCUAUGAAUAUAUAGAGAUAAUAGUCAGAUCGUGCCA